CGCCUUGAGAAUGGUCGCGUAAGAAGCUUGAAACCGCUGGUGAUCCUUUGCCCCAACCUGAAGAACAAACAAGGAAAAGCCAUCAACCACUGAUUUGCAUCCACUGGUUCACCCACAAGAGGUGGUUAUUUUCUGUUACCAUACAGAAAAACUAAGAAGGAACCGCACAGCACAGUAAUGGCUUCCACAUCAAUUUCAAUGGCAACAAACUCAGUCAGAACUUACUCUUCUUGCAAUUACAUUUCGAACCCUAAAAACAACUCCUUCUUUGCUAUUACUGCUUCUACAAGAAGCUUCAAUUUGAGACUAGUACCAAGAAGAACAGUACUUAAACAUGUAUUCAAGCCACUAUCUGCAGUUAGCUCAGGGUUAGAGACAACAAUUCCUGAUGCAAAGGACAAUGCAAUAAUACUAAAGAAAGCUCAAGUAGUGGUAGAGUCCGCGGAAGAAAACAAGAUUCAGCUAAGGGUGGACUUGCCUGGAGAUGAGACUGAAAAGGUUUUCGGUAAGGUUUUGGCGGAUUUGGCUCGCUCAGCUCCUCCAGUUCCGGGGUUUAGGAGAGAAAAAGGAGGAAAAACAUCAAAGGUUCCUCGAGAAUUCCUUCUACAGAUUCUUGGCGAGGAGCGUGUCACCAAUUUUGUGAUUCAAGAAAUAGUUAGCUCCUCAGUCGCAGAUUAUGUGAAGAAGGAAAAUCUGAAGGUGAAAGAGAAUAAAGUUACCACCAUACAAGAGGCAGAAGAACUCAAAAAGUUGUUUACACCAGGAAACGACUUCGGGUUUAAUGCUGUCCUCGAGCUUGAGGAAACGGAAAGCGAUAGCGACACUGAAACCGAUUCUGAAAGCGAAACUGAAAGCGAAAGCGAAACCAAAACUGAAACAUGACCAGGUUGAGAUUACUUAGAUGCAAAUUUUACUGAAAUGAUUUUGACACCUUCAUUUGUCAUCCUUGAAAAACUGCUUCACUUUGCUAGCCAUCAUUAACCAAGAUUGCUUGUAUUAAAUUUUGUAAUUCUUUAAAAGCCAUCAAUAUUAUAAAUGGUAAAAGAAAAAAAUUAUAAGGAUCAAUAAUUUGUUCGAUUAUCCUGUUCA